AUGGCGUUUCUUGCAAAGUUCGCAGCCUCGAAAUACGUAGGGGAUAAGCUGGAGGACAAUUUCGGGCCUGAAAACCCGAAAUACAACAUCAUCGUCACAGAGGAUGGCCGUCGCAAGAAGCUUAAGAAGCCGUUGCCGCCGGGCCUGAGCACCCAAGACGAGCGUGUGCUGAAGACGAUACAGCGCAAGGCCUAUCGGUAUGAGUGGUGGAUUGACUGCCACUGCUGCUGCGGUCUACAUAUCCAAUUCGGUACCGUGACCCUCUGGGGUCUGCUUCCUGUUGUGGGUGACAUCAUCUCGCUCAUCAACGCCCUGACCCUCAUCCGCGCCGCAAGGAAGGUCCAGGGUGGCCUCCCUGCAUCCACACUGGUGGCGAUGCUCAUCUGGGCCCUCAUCGACUUCGCCAUCAAGCUCAUCCCGAUCGUGGGCGACAUCCUCACGGCCAUCAUCAAGCCAAACACGCGCAACUACAUGCGCGUGGAGACGUUCCUGCGAGACAAGGGCAACAAGAGCCUGAGGGCCGCCGCGGACAGGACCGUGCCCGCCCCUCCCAGGGCCACCGCCCGCGCGCCGCUGCUGGUGUCCUCGCAGCCCGACGCGCAGGCCCGCAUGGUCGCCGGCUCUGGCGCCGCGCCUUCCUACGGCACAGUCCCCGCUGGGGCGUCGUCCGGGUCUGGCCAGGCGCGCGGUGAGGAUCGUCGGAGUACCCGCCACCUUUUGCCGUUCUGGAGGAGGAACGACGACUCUGACAGUGAGUCGGAGGGCGAGGCGGCGCGAUAG